AUGGCCCCUGUAUCGGAUACCACGCCCUCCACAACAGCUUCUCCCAGUGGCAUUGUGCCCACGGACAUGUGCGUGCAUCGGUGCCAAGUAGACAUGCGCGACGUGGUAUACGCUGGGUCGACUGUGGAGGAGGCAGACGCCACACUGAGCCGAAUGCUUCACCUCGAGCAGCAGCAGCAGCUACAACCUCGGUGCGGCACCAGACCUAUCGUUUUUCUACGAUGCACCGACGGCAUCUUUGUGCCGCGCGUGUGCCUGUCCGACGUCUCGGCCGCGGCGACGGCGCUGCUGGAGGAGAUGCGGGCGGCUCGAACUCGCACCUUCGCCCCACCUCCGACGGUGGCCGAACUGCAAGCCAUAUCCCCCUUUCCCAUCAAGCUUCACACGACCACUGGCCAAACAUCAAUCACUGCGACUGCGGCGGCGAUAUCAACGGCGUGUGAGGAGCUGCCGUGGAGUCGCGCACCGUCUUCGGUUGGCUGGCGAUACCCACCCACCGCCGUCCUUCGUGCCGGACCGCUGCGUGUGACCAUGGGGGACGUGAAAGCGGCGGCGCUCACGACAGUUGCGUGGCAGCGACUGGCAGACUUGACAGAGGCGCGGCAGUCAAAACUGGCAGUAGACUUGAAUCGCGAAGCAACCGCCGAUCCACUGAAGCGUGCACAGGAGGCCCAGUGUGCUGGGCUUCGUGUGCAGCUGUCAGCUGCUCAAGAGCAGCUGACCCUCUCCGCUCUCGAGCUGGAGGCUCUGCGAGAGCAAGUGGAGCAGCGGCAACGGCAGCUGCAGAGACAAGAGGAGGCACACGCCAAGCUGCAGAGCUACCAGGCCUACACAGCAUCAUCCGAUGUGCGAGAGCAGGCAAGGGCGACAGCCCGCGAAGAGGAGGCGCAGCGCGCGCGACUCCGUGCCCAGCUUGCCCGAAGCCGACAGCAGCGCGCGCGGGAGCUGUGUCUCGUCUACACGGUGGAGCUUUCAUCUCAGUACGCGAAUGAUGCCUGCACACGUGCGGCGGAUGCGAAGGACCACAUCAACAAGUGUGCGCUCCCCAUCAUGUUUGCUGGCCGCGCCGACACCGACACUGCUUCGCAUUUGGUGGCGAGCACAGCCGAGGAUAUGCAUGAGGAAGCCGUCGCUCUCGGCCAUGCCGGUCACCUGCUUGUUGUGCUUUCUGUCCUGUACAGCUGCGCAUUACCCUAUCCGAUUCUUCUAGGGAGCGGGCAGAGUCACGUGCUCUCAUCACCGAACAUCAGCGCCGAGCAGGUGUUGGCGGCUCCUUACACGCUCACGGAGGCCUGCAAGUACCCGCUAGUCUGCCAUAAGGUAGCGGAGCGACCUCUCAUGAUGGCCGGCGUGCAUCUCUUGCUGCGGGAUGGUAUUGUCCUGGCAAAGGCAAUGGGCAAGCCAGAGCGCCGCGUGCUCGCCUGUUCUGAUCGACUCGGAGCGCUGCUUGAUCUAUUGCUACGCAACGUUGAGUGA